AUGCGGCAAUUUGUAUCCACGUUCCUCUUAAUUCUUGAAUGUUUCGUAACACUGUCAGCCGCUGUCCAUGUUGUACGUUGGUGCGUCUUCAAGAAAGCUGAGGAACUUAAAUGUAUGAGUCUUUCUCGAGCAAUCGCCCAAACGCCGACAUUUGCCAUCAACUUUACUCUUAGUUGCGUGAUGGGUUUCACCGAGUUUGAUUGCAUGAAACUAAUAAGCGCUGAUAAGGCUGACCUGAUUACUCUGGAUGUUGGUCUUGGUGAUAUUGCCAGCAGAACAUAUAGUCUGCGUCCCCUUGCCGUGGAGAACUACAACCCAUCCUCGCCUGCAGAUGGUUUAUACUACUAUUCAAAUAUAGUAGUACCCAUUGGUGAAAAUGUCAAUCCGUACACACUUCGGCGAAGAGAAGUUUGCUUCGCAGGUGCGGGGACAGCAGAGGGCUGGGUCAUUCCCUUGAGCCGACUAAUGGGUGAUCUGCACGCCAUCAACAUCACCCAGUGCAACAGUGUGGUGCAGAACUUGAUCCAGUUCCUCGGUGAUUCCUGUGUCCCGAACGCGUUGCAGAGCGCAUUCAAUCCGUUCGGCGACAACACUCAAGAAAUUUGCCGUUUGUGCGCUGACGUUGGCACCCAAGCCUUCUGCACAUCGCGCGAUCGAUUCGCCGAGAAUCAGGGUGCCCUGCGGUGCCUCUACGAACACCGAAACAACCCCGAGACGACGAAACGUCCGUUGGCGGCCAUUGUGCGGGCACAAGAGGUCGAGUUGGCCGCCACCGACGGAUGGUUUCCAAAAGGACUCUACCAGCUUCUCUGCCCGACCCAGCAGCUCAGCGGUCUGUGGACGGCUCCCCUGAGUGAGUGGCAGACGUGUCAGUGGGGUCGAAUUCCAGCCCGCCUCGUCAUGACGUCUUCGCGUCGACUCGACCUCCAGCCGAUGAAGGACUUCCUAAACUUACUCAUUGUCCACUUUGUGACCAAUCCGAUCCCGGGUUCUCCACGUUUCAACCUCUUCUCGUCGACGGAAUACGUCGUUCCGGGUCAAAAUUGGGUUCAACGAAAUCUCAUGUUCUCCGACUUCACCCGCACACUCUACUUUCCGCCUGAGAAUCAAAUCAUGACGUUCUAUCAGUGGAUUGACAAAGGUUUUCUGAAUGCCGUUGAACUCUUGAAUCAGUGUCCCCUCCCCACAAUCCGAUGGUGUGUAGUUGACUACUGGGAGAUGGAGAAGUGUGAGCGAAUGGGGAGUGCUUUCGCGGCCAAAGGCAUCAAGCCAGUCCUCACUUGCAUCCUCGAGGAGACCACCAUAGACUGCAUGCGGCGCAUGAAAGACGGAUUCGUCGACAUGAUGAACGUCGAAGCGGGUGACUUGUACACCGCCGGCAGUCAAUUCAACCUGGUCCCAAUCGUCAAUGAGAAUUAUGGAAUUGGACCGUACUAUUAUGCCGUGGCAGUGGUCAGGAAGAUAAACCCUGAUAUCCUGAUUUCUAAUUGGAAAUUCCGCCGCACAUGUCAAAGUGGGGUUGGACGAGCUACUGGCUGGAUCAUACCGCUUAACCUCAUUCUUGAGACGGCACAAAUUCGAGUUUUCGGGAAACACCUUAUCUACGCGCUAAGUGAAUUGGUGAGUCAGUCCUGUAUUCCUGGGAUUCAAAACCGAGCCUUCAAUCCAACCGGGAAGAUUCCGCUGAAUUUGUGCGAACUCUGCAUGAGUGGUGGCAAUGACCGUUGCCAACGCGACAACAGGGAGUUGUACUUUGGUGAAGAUGGCGCCUUCCGUUGUCUCACUGAAGCCGGCCAAAGGCUCUAUGUUAUAGUGCUGGCAGUUGUGGAAGCGAGUUACCGUUGGAAUCCAGACUACUGGGCUAGAAAUUUACGCGAGGAUGACUUUGAAUUGCUGUGCACGGAUGGACGCCGACAAAACAUACGAAACUGGCACAACUGUCACCUUGGAAAAGUGCCCGCGAACACCAUAAUCACGGCCCCACACAAAACGGAAAAUGAGCGCCUGAAUAUGUGGCGUCUGCUGCAGUACGGACAGGAAUACUACGGCGAUGACUGGAAUCCAACAUUUCGAAUGUUUGACUCAGGGUUCGGACACAGCGACCUCAUCUUCAGUGAUCUCACCGAGAGCCUGACGAGGAUUCCGUGGGCGGAUCAGAACUACACGCAGUGGCUGGGCAAGGACUUUCUGCGGCUAGUCCAGGCUCUACAGGACGUUGGAAGGUACGGCGAACUGGGAAUAUACCAACCAGUUAACGGCACCGCCUAA